AUGAUGUUUUCAGUUGAUGCGGGUCAUCGCGCGAUUAUGUUCAACCGGAUCGGUGGUCUAUCGAAUGAUGUAUACAAAGAGGGACUACACUUCAGAGUGCCCUGGUUCCAGUAUCCCAUCGUCUACGAUAUUCGUGCUCGUCCCAAUCAGAUCCGAUCUCCUACUGGAAGUAAGGAUUUGCAAAUGGUAAACAUUGGCCUCCGAGUUUUGUCUCGACCAAAUCCCGAACAGUUAGUUCGUAUCUAUCGAACUUUGGGAUUGAAUUGGGAAGAAAGGCUCCUUCCAUCAAUCUGCAACGAGGUGCUGAAAAGUGUAGUAGCAAAAUUCAACGCGUCACAGCUUAUCACUCAACGACAGCAGGUGUCAAUGUUGGUUCGCAAGGCUUUGAUUGAACGUGCUCUGGACUUCAAUAUCAUCCUUGAUGAUGUUUCCCUUACUGAGCUAGCUUUCUCGCCACAAUAUUCAGCCGCUGUUGAGGCUAAACAGGUAGCAGCGCAAGAAGCUCAACGAGCAUCCUUCCUUGUGGAGAGAGCAAAACAACAACGUCAGGAGAAGAUUGUACAAGCCGAAGGAGAAGCAGCAUCCGCAAAAAUGGUUUGUUAUUUAUGUCCGGCUUAUAAGGAAGUUGGUUAUUGUCGGUAUCUUGACAGACUUUGUAAAUGUUGA